CUUCUCAGUGAGUUACCGACUGCACAGCCGUGAGGUUAUAUUCCGCGUCGCGAAUUAUUUUUCUCGUUACGACGAAUAAAUACCGAACAAUUUCCAACAUUAAUUCCGGGAAUUUUCUCACGUGCCUGUGUAGCGAUACGUGUGUUUAGAUACAAUUCAUCAACGGUAGAAUAGUUCUGAUGUGAUUGUUAUCAGUGCUUAAAUGACAAAGUCAUAAAACACUGGUGUUUCGUGUGUGUACCUUGUAGCGUUCACGGUCGUACCCGCAAGUCACUGUUAUUAUUCGUACACGGGUCUCGUGUCGAUUGCAAUCGAUUGUUAUUAUCGGCGGGGGAAUAGGUGGAUGGGUAUUUUUGUUGGUGAAGGGUGAUAUGGUGGAGACUAGUCAUUAAUGCGUUAAAAAAACAGCAGUGUGGAUGAAGCGAGGAGUUGUAAAAAAUUUGAUAAAAAGAGAAAUUCAACAAGUGGUCGAUGAUAAAAAGGCUACCUGGUAUCCAUGGGUUAUGUGUAAGUGGUGUACGCGCAUGUAAAGUCUGGUAACUGGGGAGGUUGGACCUUAACUUCCGGGGGGCGGUGACUUCCUGCUUGGUUUAGCCGUGCGUGUUCCACGUGACAGGCGCGAGCGCGUUUUCUCACUGCGCCGGAUCUGCACGUGGGUUAUCGGAAGUAUUUUGCAUCUUUCGGUGGAAUUUGACAUCUCGUGGGUGGUUGGAGAGAGAAGAAAGGGCCUGACUAUUGAGGAACAACUGGCUUGAUUGGUACUGGGGGACUCGGUGGAUUGAACACUGAGACGUUGACUGGGAGCUGGACGUCAGGACUGCUUUGCGUUGGUGAGGAGGAUGGGGAACGCGGGCGUUCUCACCGGGGACGUGGUCUGAGGGCAGUCGGGAUUUUUUGAGUGGCAGAAUAAACAUCAGCGAACGUCGAAGUGCUCAAGUGAUGAAUGAAGUACAAUUACCAGUGAUACUAAUCGUGAUAUCCAAAGUCCGAUGAAAUUACAAAUUAUAGUAAAUUCUAAACAACAGUGAUCAGAACAUUGACAAAAUGAAUGUGGAUAACGAGACAAGUUCAACGAGUUCGGACUCUAAAACGGUCACCUUAACAAAUACAAGCGUUGUACGUCGUGCACCACCACAAUGUGCACGCUGCCGUAUUCAUGGAUUGAAAAUGGUCCUCAAGUCCCACAAAAGAUAUUGCAAAUACAGAUACUGCAGAUGUGAGAAGUGUAUUCUUAUCAAAGAGCGACAGAGGGUGAUGGCAUUGCAAACGGCGUUGAAGAGAGCACAGGAUCAGGAUGCAAAGCCACGAAGACAACAUGAGCAGGUGGAACCACAACCAAUGAAUCUGAAUAUUGACAGACCGAUGUCAGUACCACAGCCAGCUCGUAGUCUAGAGAAUAGCUGUGCUGAUUCUGGAUGCAGCAGCAGUGCCGAUUCGCCAUUCAGCAAUCAUGGCGGCACAGGUUCACACACUGGUAUUUUCACAGUUCCAUCAUCAAGCAAACUACCGCAGUCCCACAACAUCCACUCGUCGUCGGCUACAGAAUUGCCAGAACGAAAUUGUGAAAACGUGGAAGUCCUGUUGGAGUACAGUGUCAAGUUACUCGAGCAAUUUUGGUAUUCAUGGGACAUAUUACCGCUGAUGUACGUCAUACUCAAGGAUGCCAAGGCAGAUAUCGACGAAGCUCGAAGACGCAUUGCACAAGCUAGUAACGACAUACGUGCUGUUGCUGUGAUGAAGGCCACAAGAAUGAUGACUGACAACAGCUAUGGUUACUGCAAUGACUGGUACUCGGCAACAGCUGUCAGUGGUGCACCCACAUAUGUUGGUCAUCCACCGCAUAUUGGCAGCGUUAUGCAGCCCCCUGUUCAUCUAGGAAUUCCCCAUCUAUUAAACGCCCAUGUUCUUGCUACCAGAGUACCACCAAGUCCACCAGGAGGACCAACCACGUAGUCCUGGUUACCAUGAAGUCAAUCAAAAAAGCUCGUAAGAGAGGUCAGAGGCUGAGUCCGCGGAAAAGAAAAAAUAAAAAUACAGUGACUUAAGUAAUCAAACGAGGUGCAUAAUGAAUAGUUGUGAGGGUUUUUCGUUUUUAUCGUUAUUCCGACUGCAAAUUAUUUCAACUCGGUGUUAAUAUACAGAUAAUGGUAGAAGGAGUGAAAAAAGAAUGAGGAUGAAUACACUCGUAACUACUUUCGGUGUAAAUUAAAUGCAAUAAUAAAAAUAGUAAUAGCAGAUUUUUUUUUAUUGACACAGAGACAUUUGCAAAGUCACAAAAAUUUAUCUUCUAUUUUUCUUUUUUGCUUCGGUUGUUUUUCUCUUUCGUCGUGAUAUUGACGAGAAAAUGUCCCAUUCAAAGUGCUGUAUCUAGCUUCACGGUAAAUCUUCAAAAAUUACGAUUAUCGAGUUAUUGAAUGAUAGUAAUUGAUAACGUACUGUAUUAAACGUGAUUAUAAGUUAUGUCACAGUUUUGACGUAUGUACAGAUAUAUUGUCAGUUAGUCUCUUGAAGAAAAAACAAUGAAAAAAAAACACGAUUUUUUCUUUUCGUUUAACAGAGUUUAGGUAAAUGUUCAACUAGAUUUUCGUUUAUGUUCUAAUUGUUAUAGUUUUUUUUACGAACCACUGUUCAUGGUUUAUUUGCCUCAACGUAAAUCAAUGUUGGAGGCUCUUCGUGCUCUGAUAGUCCUUUAUGGCUAAAAUAAAACAGCUAUAUUUUUCUUAAACAAUAACAACAAUUCAUGUUUUAUCUCAAACUGUAUUUCAAUGUUUAACUCACAAAAUGUAUUUUAAUCAACAAAAUUACGACGAUUAAUUAAUCUCUUAAAGUUUAGAAGUGAAAAAUACAUCUGAGCUGUUGAAAUGAGCUAGUGAUGAGUGUUAAAUGCCAAAUAAUGGCUUCUAUAAUUAAAAAAAAUUGAUAAUCUUCAUUGUACUUCACACCUCUUAUGAAGAUGACAAGAGUUACUCCUAUUACAUAACUAAAAUUGUUCUAAUCGUAGAGGAUCCCGAUGAUUCAGUGUUUCAGCAACAGUUAAUUGUGACACAUAUUGGCAUACCGCACAUUAGUUUUUUAAGGAAAAAUACAAGCGGCAGGAUUAUUGCAAGAUUUUUUCGUUUCAUUUUCUCUAGUAAAAAAGUUGCACAGAGUUCUAAUAUGUGCUUCAUUUAAUUAUUUUUCAUCUUUUCUCCCAUCAAAAUUGAAACUUCAGAUGAUAAUUCAUCCGAAUUCUUUAUCGACAAACGUCUGUACUUAGUUUAUGAAUUUCUCCCUUGUAAUUUUUUCAUUCAAACUCUUAUAGUUAUUUAUUGAUAAAUACUUCUGCGGACGAUUGAGUGGUAUUGUUGAAGGUCCAAUUGGCCGCACUCACCUUGUCAUCUGGUAAGCGCAGUAGGCGUAAGUCGAUGCGGAACAGACUGUCAAAAAAAAGUCCAGUGAAACUUUAAUAAUAAAAAUAUAAAGCAGAAUGUCACCCCAUUAUCCUCAAAUGCUGUAGGAGCAUAAAGCUUGAAAAAAAAAAGAAUAAAAAAAAAGAAAACGUUUAUUGUGGAUUUCAAUGUAUUUAAUGCAUUAGUCAUGAUAAUUGUUGAACUAUAAUAUGCGAUGUAAUAAAAAAAUCGUUUCUAUCUGAACAUGAA